CCUACAUAAUUCAUUCAAUCUCAUCCGUCAUGUGGGGCUUUCUGAAGUUGAGGCUGUAUAUUUUGGGGCUUAACUAAAUUUAUAUCAUUCUAGUAUUGAUUAUUAUGAUCUACUUAUAAAACUUUAUAAAAUACAGUUUCAGAAUGGCACAUUCAACGUUCAGCGCUGUAGACGAGUACGGAUUUGAGAGGCACGAUGACUUCGACUACGAGAGCUACGAAGACUUUAUGUCAAAUUAUUUAAAAGUUCUCGCUACUCGUGCUCAAAAAUGGGCCGCUCUACUCGGCGAAGGAAAGUCGGUCAAACGAACCAAUACCGUCAAGCGAUAUGUUCGUAAAGGAAUACCCAGUGAACACCGACCAUCAGUGUGGAUGGCCAUAUCUGAAGCUGAUAAAAUGAGAGAACAAUUCCCUGAUUUGUAUCAGAAAAUAUUAGACAGUCCAUUUGAAAAGGAGCUUGUGGAUUUAGUUAAAACGGACUUACCUAGAACCUUUCCCGAUAAUAUAUAUUUUACAAAGGAGGCAAACCAUCAAACACAUUUGUUCAACAUUCUGAUUGCCUAUGCUCACAACAACAGACUUGUCGGGUAUUGCCAAGGUCUUAAUUACAUUGCAGGCUUACUAUUACUCGCUACUAAAAGUGAAGAAACAUCAUUUUGGCUACUGAAAGUACUGGUUGAGAAGAUUCUACCAGACUACUACACCAAAACAAUGGACGGUCUGAUAGUGGAUAUUGAAGUUCUCUCAGAAUUAGUCAAAGCCAAAGUACCAGAUGUGCAUCAGCAUGUUAUAAAUUUAGGUCUCCCGUGGGCCGUUAUAACAACGAAAUGGUUUGUUUGCCUCUUUGCGGAAGUUCUACCAAUCGAAACCGUAUUGCGGAUCUGGGAUUGUUUGUUUUACGAGGGUUCAAAAAUACUAUUCCGUGUAUGUUUGACACUCAUUAAAGCAAACAAGGCUGCGAUCAUGCAGUGCAAUGAUUUCACUUCUUUGGCGGAAUGUUUUAAGGCAAUCGUUAAAAAUGCUAGCGCACUACACUGCCAUGAGUUUAUGCAGUCAAUUUUUAAAGUGCCCGGUACGUUGUCUAACACAACCAUAAUUAAAUUACGAGCCCGUAUCGCGAAACAGCGCCGUGAACAACAACAAAAGGAGCCGCGAUGAACAUCCAACAGCAUAAUGGGAAAUGAUGAUCUCAUAGAAUUUAAAACCAAAUUCAGUAAUACUUAGUACUUUAUAAUGUUUUUCAUAUAAUAUUAUUAGUAUUACAAACUUCUCCUACACAAAACUCCUUGACAUAAAAAUCCCAAUAAAAAAAAAGCCAUCAUUUAUAACAUGACAAAUCAAUGUUUCAUGAUUUAAUUAGAUUUUGGUGAAUUUUCUUAAAGAGCAUUUAAUUAAUUUUUCUGUGUCUUAAAUGUAGAUAUUUUCUACUAUUUCAUUUAUAAAACUUUGAAUCACAAAAUCAUAGAAAAUCACAUUAGACUAGUCCAUGUCUCUUUAAACUUCUUUACAUUUUUGAUGCAGUUUAAAAUCAUGAAAUUGAAAUAUAUUAAAAUCACACAUGACAUAUUAAUAAAUACUUUUGAUGCUAUGCAUUUUGGUUUAAGUAUUUUACUUAUAAGUUAGUCGUGUAAGCUGUAAUUUUUAUUUUAUUUUUGCAUAUCAUUAAAAUAUUUUUUAGUGUUGUUAUUAUUUAUUUGUUAUUUUGUACAAAUAUCAAUUGUACCUGUAUUGAUUUGUAGAUAAUAUUCAUUAUUUAUCUCCCAUAAUAAAAUAUAUAGCGAUUUAUAUUAUUUUGUUAAUGGGACAGAGGCAAAACAAAAUGAAUACCAACUAUUCGUUUAGGUAUUUAUGAGGUCCUUAGUGAUACAGUAAUAUUUAGGUUCGGUAGACGGUUUUAAAGUUUGGUUUAUAUUUAUUUGUAUAAAUUUGAAACACGAUAAAUUUACAUAGGUGUUUAUUCUAAUGUACUAGUUUAUUUUGAACAGUUGUGAACAAAUGACAAUAAUUUUCGCAUGUCUGUCAAUUGCAAUAGUUUCAUAAAAGCGUAGGUUUCCACAAAGUAGCUUCAUGACUAACCGUCUAAUAAAGUACAUCAUCUAAUGUUUGUAAUUUGUUGUCGUGCGAACUAUGAUAUCAUCAGUGGCUGAGAUAUCUUAAUCUUACAGCGAGAAUGGUUGAAAAUUAGGUUACGGAUUGCUCAAUAGAAUUUCGCUUGAAUUUAUUUCCUAGAAAAAUUAUUAUUGUUAAUAAUUUCGAAAAAUGUACAAUUUUAAAGAUUCACGUCUUCUUAAAGUUUAAAUAGUGCUAGAAUAAUAUUUGAUGUUUAAUAUAUUAUAGUUAGUGUCAAAAAUAUAUUUAAAUAGUAUUUUCUUGAUAUUUUUGUAUUAAUAAUUUUUUAACUUAUAUCUGUGUGUAAAUGUACUGUGAUUGAUGGUUUUCGUGUGAAGCUGCAGAUUGCUUGUUAAAAGUAUUGCCAUAAUAAAUGUUUAGGUUUUUGAUUGAAUAGACUAUUGAGGCGUU